UCCUCCGCUCCACCACGUUCCCCCACCCCCAGACUCGCCCACGCCUCGGGAGUUGCUUCCCGGCCAGAGCAGCCUGCCCGUGCGGUGUCCCGGGCGCCAUGGCGGCGCUCACGUUCCUCUCCGUUCCCCGCGCCCAGUCCCCACUCGAUCGCGCCCCGCCCACCCGUGCGGUGAAUGCCGUGUUCCGGGUGCAGCCAAGGACGGGGUUCCUUGUGGUCGCGGCGAGGAGGAGGCUGGUGGCCGCGGCGGCGGCGGCGGCGGCCCCCGCUGCGAGUGCGGCGGAGCGGGACAAGCCGUUCAUCGAGGAGAUGCGGGCGGCGGCCAUGCGGCUGCACACCAGGGACCAGGACAGGGGCGGGGAGAAGGAGGCGCCCAUGGAGCCGCCCGUCGACAAGUGGGAGCCCACCGUCGAGGGGUACCUCCGCUUCCUCGUCGACAGCAAGCUCGUCUUCGAGACGCUCGAGGCUGUCGUCGACCGCGCUGCCGUACCCUGGUAUGCCGAGUUCCGGAACACUGGGCUGGAGAGGUCAGAGCCACUGAAGAAGGAUUUGGAAUGGUUCAGGCAACAAGGUCACACGAUUCCUGAACCAUGCGCGCCAGGCAUUACAUAUGCUUCCUUUCUGGAAGAGCUCUCUGUGAAGGACCCCCAGGCAUUCGUCUGCCAUUUCUACAACGUGCACUUUGCUCAUACUGCUGGAGGCCGAAUCAUUGGCAAAAAGGUUGCUGAGAAGAUUCAUAUCCAAAAAGAGCUGGAGUUCUACGAGUGGGAGGGUGAUCUGUCGCAGCUGCAGCAGGAUGUCCGCGCCAAGCUUAACCAAGUCGCUUCCGGUUGGUCUCGAGCGGAGAAGGACCGCUGCCUGGACGAGAUGGAGAAGGCGUUCGCCUGUUCAAUAGAUCUUAGACGCCAUAUGUUUCCCUGAUAAGAUCGUUGUCUGAUGCAACCAUAAGCACCGCCCAUUAUAAACAAUUGUGUACUAAACCCUUAUUGUUGGGUAUUCACUAACAAACCCUAUUGUUAAGGUGAUUUACAAUACAGCUAUAGAUACUAUGUUUCACAGAA